GGGAUAUGGUCAACACGCUCUAUAAUUUGGCAGUUCAAAAAGUUGCGACUAGUAUUGCUGAAGGUCACUAUGAAGAUAUGAAUGAAACGUUUAUUCUGGAUUCAAAAGCCAGUAAUCUGAUCUACGCGGCAUUUAUUAAAAUUCCAACGUCUAAGAAAGCAAUUAGAAUUCCUGAACUCGUCCUCAAUUUAACAAAUGUUGAUUUGAGAAAUACAACACUCUGCCAUAAUACUAUCGAAAUGCUGAGAACUCAACGAACUUUGGAAUCUCUUGCAUUAGGUUCACUGUUGUUGAUUAAAAAAGAUUAUCUUUGCGAAACAGGCAGAACGAACAUCGUUGCUUUGUUAAAAGACAUUCUGAACGAGAAAUCUCGUAAAAGGCUAAGACAUUUGAACAUCCGAGGAGCCGGAUUAAUUGGCUGUGGGUGGUCAGAUAAACUUUCUGAACUUUUUCCAUCUCUCAAAACUUUAAACGUUAGUAAUAUAUUAUUUGAGAAUGACGAGUUAUUGCGUUUAUGCGUUAGUUUUCCCAGUCUGUGUGUUCUGGAUAUCAGUGGGACAAACAUCGCGAGUCUACAUGGAUUAUCCAAUUUGAAAAACCUACAAGAACUCUCAAUAAGAUACUUGGAAUUUGCAAACGCCAAUAAUUUGGUGGAUUUAUUCCAAUUAACCAAUUUGAAAGUACUGGAUAUGUCGAAAUCUAAAAAUCUAGAAACAUCAAAAAAUGUUCUGAGAUUUGUGGAGUGUGGCAUGAACCUACCAGAGUUGAGGGUUUUGGAUUGCAGUGGGACUGAUAUUGAUGAAGAGUUAUUUGCAAAAUUGUUAAGUUUUCUUCCAAAUCUUCAACAAAUUGCGCUGAUGGAUUGUCAAUUAAAGCAUGCAGUGUUUUCCACCGAAAUUCGAGUUCUCAACUCAGCAACAUUAGAGACUUCUUUUCAAACUCUCAACUACUACUCAAAAUUGAAAAAGAGUGACUCGGUUAUGAAGUGCUUCCAGGAUAUUUUCUUUCUGUUGAAAGAAUAUUACACACAAAACAAGGAGUAUGAUAUUGCCGGGUGUUUAGCAAUUCUUAUCCGAACCAUGGAACAAUUUGUCACCCAUGUUCAGAAAACCAGAGAAUUUCUUUCUUUUAACCCCUCAUAUAUCACAACUUAUGCAAGCGGAAUACUCUGCGUGACGGAAAUUGUAUCAAACAAUGCUCAAAGACUACGUCCGGUAUGUGCAGUGACGGCGCUCCGUGUUCUGCUUAAUUUCAUCCACAAUUUUGAUCACCUUGGCUCAAAUUUUACACAAUACCUCAGAAAUUCAAUUUGGAGUGCGAUACAGACCUUAGUCACCCUCGACUUAUCCAUCAUAAACUACGACGAUGUUUGUGAUGCGGCAGUUUGCUGUUUGGCAGAAGUUUUUGAUACAUUUGACAUCGCUGUUCCCAUAUUACAAGUUUUAGUGUAUUGUUUUCCCAGGAAACGCGAUAAAUUCAAGGUUUCGAAAGAGGGAACUAUAAAAGACUCCAAAAUCCUUAUUAGGAACCUACAUUUGUGUAUGAAAUUUACUCCAUAUUAUACUCCGUUAUGCCAAUCCAUCAUUGACAUAAUUUUCUGUCCAAUUAUGGAUGAUCCACAGACUUGUCUUCAUAUAGUUGAAAAUAAGGGAGCCAAAGAUUUAUUCAAUGCCAUCAACAAGUUUGACAAUGAACCUUUACAACUUGAAAUUCUUCGCAUAUUGAAAAGAUUGGUGGUUUGUGCGAAUGCAAGUUUCGAGAAUUUCAUAGAGUUUAAUGUUAAGUACUUGAAAAAAACAUUCAACAAAUGGAAGUCAGACAGGCUUUACCUUCUGCACUCAAUCUUUUCGAUUCUUUUGAAUCAAACACGGCGAGGUUUUCGAAAUUAUGUGAAUCGACUGUUGAGAAACAAUUAUCAUCGACUGGAAACAAGUGAAAUUGUAGAUAUCGAUUUGCCAAUUUUCCAUAGCUUAUUUGCGUCAACACAAUUUGAUGGGCCUAUCCUUUGGGCUCUUUUUAAAAUAGAAAAGUUCUUAGAGCAACACGAUGACGGCAGAAGAAUUGUGGAAAAAUUCAAUAUACUCAACUUGAUAAUCAAUAUCAAAAUAAAGUCGAAACUGGUGAAAGUCGCUAAAGAACGAAUCUUACUAAUUCUUAAAUAGUAUUAGAAAAUCAAACAAAGUUCCGGCUUCUAUACCCGAGAAAUCAAACAAUUAAACCCUUUCAUUACCAAUUUCAAAUAAAUUUUCAAAAUUAAAUUUCUAUCGAUUUUCGAGCCAACUCCAUUAUUUCUAUUACCCAUAUAUGGUAUACAAACUAAAAAAGGAUAACCAGGCUCGACACGACAAGUUUUUUGUCAAAAACAAAAAUAUGUGCGCUUGUAAAUAGCACUGAAACUUGUUAUCGCCUAAAUUUAUGUUUUCAAAGUUUUCACGUUGUUCUAUUUUAAAACUAUUAGGAGUUUCAAUCCUGAAAUUCCAUUAAGCAUCUUGAUCCUGAACACACUGUAAUCUUUACAUUUGCUCUAUCAGCCGACUUUCCAGCCGUACAGCCCUGAUCCUGAUACCAGUGUCACUUAUGUGCGAUUGGAGAAGAUUUAGAAAGGAAUCGUAGAGUUUUAAAAGUCUUCUUUACUAACUUACGGGCGGUUUAUUGGAAAUAUUACGGGCUAUUAGGGAAGGAGCAUGGUGCCGAUAUGAAAAAGCAUAACAACUAGAGACCCUAAACAUUCAAUUUUAUAUUCAAUUAUUCAAUUGUUU